UGGACCUAUAAUGGAAAGAAGGAGGAAAGUGUUCUGCAUUGGGCGGCAGCAAUUGAAACAUAUGUAUACGGACAACGUAUUCCAUACUGGGACAAGGUAUUGAUGGCAACUUCAUGCAUGGGAGGCGACGCCAUGAGUUUUGCCAUCUCGCUGCAAAAGGAAGCGGGAUGCAGCUCUAUGGUAGAGUAUUCGCAGCAAACGCGCAUUGAAGACUUUCUUAAGUUGAUUAGAGACAGAUUCGAGGACAAGAAAUUGGCAAGGCGUACAGAAAUGUUGAUCCUCAGCCUUCCGGAUAGGAAAUGGAAAAGUACCUCUGCACUGAAGGCAACUAUGGAUGAGUUGUUGCAAUGCCCUGAUCACGGAUUAAUGCCGACCCAAAUCUUGAACAGUUUUGCACGAGCACUUCCAGAUCCCCUACGAACACAACUCUAUCCCCGCACUAAAGAAGAGGGGAUGACAUAUGAGAAGUUCGGCAAGAUCGCGAUAGAUCACGCCGGCUUCCUUGCCGAAGCAAACUACUGCCAUUAUUGGAAGGAUCUGCAAGCGGGUAAAAGAUGGCAAAACCGCACUAUCUCAGGGUCUAUACCUGGGAAAGACAGUCUCCUUCUAACCUUUGAGGAAGGAGGCGCCGAGACCAUCUCCUGGGAUCAGGUAGACUAUGGUAUCGAUGAACCCAACAGACCGGUAGCUCAGGAGGGGAGUUACGCGGCUGUUGCAACCCGCGGGGGAGGGCGUCAAGGAAGAGGGCCUGGCCGAGGAAGAGGUCGCGRCCGUGGUGGACGAGGAUUCGGCACCCAGAGGGGUGGUGGUGAAGGAAGCCACUACGUGGGAGGAAGGGGAAAUGGUCCCUCAUACGGUCGCCGUGGUUCUUACUCCACCUGGGGUAGAGGAAGAGGUGGAACACUUCUCCACUCUCUGACCUUCUUGGUGGAGGAUAACUUACCCUUCGAUGUGUUGUUAGGAAUGGAUUGGGGUGAGGCUGCAAACGCGGAUCUGAAGUUAAGGGAACAUUCAUGUUGGCUCCCAAGUCCGCAAGGAGGAAAGAAGAAGAUUCGCCUCUAUCAUGAGUCUGGGAAAGAAAGCAGCCUAGCUCACUGUUGCAUCAGUGGCCCAGCGUUCGCUCGCCAUGAAAAGAAACAUAACUUGUAUGACCAAGUCUUUGUUGCAUAUGUGCGCCCAGUAAAGGAAGGAGAAGCUAAGGAAGAAGUUAGAUCUCAAGAGAUUGAGAGGAUCCUGAAAGAGUUCGCAGAUGUGGUUGAAGCCCCAAGUGGUGUGGUAGAAAGACCAAUCCGACACCGCAUUGAUAUCAUUCCAGGGAGCGCGCCCCCAAAGGGGCCUAUCUAUCGUAUGUCGCCCCAGGAAUUGGAUGAACUGCGAACGCAACUCGAUGAGUUGUUGAAAAAUGGAUGGAUAAGACCUAGCUCCUCGCCCUAUGGUGCGCCUGUGCUCUUUGUGCCUAAGAAGGAUGGGGGCGUCCGCAUGUGUAUAGAUUAUAGGAGACUAAAUGAUAUAACAGUAAAGAAUGUUGAACCAUUACCGCGAAUCGACGAUUUCCUGGAUCACGUGCAGGGUUGCAAAAUAUUUUCAAAAAUCGUUUUGAGAUCCGGCUACCAUCAGAUUGAGGUUGAGUCGGAAGACCAACAUAAGACUGCCUUCAGGACAAGGUAUGGGCACUAUGAGUUUAUAGUUUUGCCCUUUGGUCUCACGAAUGCCCCUGCCACUUUCCAACGAACAAUGAACGAACUAUUUCGUGAGUGGCUUGACAAGUUUGUUGUGAUUUAUCUAAAUGAUAUUUUGAUUUUUAGUAAAGAUGAAAAGGAACAUGCUGAGCACCUUCGACUUGUGCUAAACAAAUUACGAGAAGCAAAACUCAAGAUAAACCCAAAGAAGUGUGAAUGGGAUAAGCGUCAGGUUCUCUAUUUAGGACACGUGAUUGAUGGAGAUGGGGUCAAACCGAAAGAUGCCAAAAUAGCAGCAAUCAGGGAUUGGCCAAACCCCCGCACCUUGACUGAGUUGCGGUCGUUCCUUGGGUUAGCCAACUACUAUCGCAAGUUUGUGAGACACUUUACGAUAAUAGUUGUUCCCCUUCGUCGAUUGCUUGAGAAAGAAGUAAUCUGGAAGUGGGACUCAGACUACACGAUGUCUUUCAAGCGUUUGAAGAAGUGUUUAAUCAACUACCCGGUUUCGAAAGUGGCAGACCCUUCAUUACCUUUCGUGGUCACAACCGACGCUAGUCAAUAUGGUAUAGGUGUUGUCCUUCAGCAAGACGAUGGGCAUGGAUACAGGCCUAUGGAGUUUAUGUCUUGCCGACUGCCUAAUGAGAAGGUGGCCGCUUCAACGUAUGAACGAGAGUUGUAUGCUCUACGUGAGGCUCUCAAUCAUUGGCGACACUACCUUCUGGGACGGCAUUUUAAGGUGUAUUAUGACCAUGAAACACUUCGCUGGCUCAAAACGCAAGCUCGAAUGACACCUAAGUUGACAAGGUGGGCUGCGGAAAUUGAUACGUUUGAUUUUGAAUUAAAGCCAGUCACGGGUAAGUAUAACGUUGUUGUUGAUGCACUAAGUCGUAGAUCAGACUUUUUCGGUGCUAUUGUGACGUAUUUAGAUGUGGGUGCUGACCUACAAGAAAAGAUUAUAAAUGCGUAUCCCUCUGAUCCUGUUUAUGGAACCAUGAUUAAGCUAGUGCAAGAAAAGCCAGCAGAGUUUCCCGAUCAUGAAGUAACUCAGGGUCUAUUGUUUGAACGAACGGAUGUAAAUGAUAGGCUGUGUAUACCCAAUAAUGAAGAGAUCAAAAGUAUGAUCUUGGGGGAAUGCCAUGAUACAGAAGGCCAUUUUGGUUGGAAGAAAACCUAUGGGACCUUGUUGCGUUCCUACGCCUGGCCUCGGAUGAAAGCAGACUGUAUCGCGUAUGUGCAAGGUUGUCAAGUAUGCCAACGGAACAAAAGCACCACGCAAUCGCCCCUUGGGCUACUUAAGCCCUUGCCUACCCCUACCGACCCUGGAGACUCUGUCUCUAUAGAUUUCAUGGAUACAAAGGUGAAGAGCAGAAAUGGGAAAAUGCAAGUAAUGGUAAUAGUGGAUAGGUUCACUAAGUAUGCUGUUUUUGUAGCUUUGCCUUCGGAAGCAAAGACUGAUUUGGUAAUUCGAGAGUUCUUUAACCAUUGGGGAAAAGACUUUGGACAUCCCUUAACUAUUGUAAGUGACAGGGACACCAGGUUCACAAGUGAACAAUGGCAGCAACUGAUGAAUGUAUAUGGCUCUAAGUUGACUAUGUCAUCAGGCAGACAUCCUGAGACUAAUGGCCAGACUAAGCAGAUGAACAAGAUAUUACAGCAGACUUUGUGCAUGUACAUCCGUCCCGACCAGAUUGACUGGGAUGAACAUCUGCCUAAAGUUGCUAGUGCCUAUAAUAACUUUGUACACCUAUCUACGUGUAAGACUCCUAUGGAGUUACAUCUGGGAUGGCGUCCACGCAGACCCAUUGAUCGAUUGAACCCGAAUCAAGUACAUAAGCUUCCUAUAGGGACUAGUGAGUUUGCAGUCCAGUAUCAGAGAGACAUUGAGAAAGUAAAGGAAAACAUACUCGAAGCACAGCAUCAGAUGAUUGAACAGGCAAAUAAACACAGACGACCAUCUCAAUUUGUUGUAGGAGAUUUGGUUUGGGUGAAGUCUAAAGAGUUUACUCCUGAAGAAAACAUCUCUCAGAAACUUCUACCCGCCUACAGAGGACCUUGGCAAGUUUUAGAUGUAAUUGGGGAUGUGGAUGGUCCUUCUUAUGUCAUUGAAAUUCCUCCACAUCUACGUACGUAUCCAGUGUUUCAUGCAUCCAAACUCUUACCUUGUGUAACAAAUGAGCUCUUCCCAAGUCGCCGAUCAGCAAUACCCCCAAGUAUGGAUGGGAAGUAUGACGUGGAUAAAAUUGUUGCAGAAAGUACUUACCACACUGGACGUAGGGGCAGACCACAACAACAAUAUAAGGUGAGGUUUGCAUUCCAGGAUCCUAGUGAAGAUCGUUGUUUCACACGAGAAGAGUUAUUAGACUCUGCACCUCAUAUUGUGUCUGCAUAUGAAAGCGCAAAGAGGGGAAUUCAUAUCCUUAAUUGGAAAAUGAUUCUCAAGGGACUUCGAAACUAGGCCCGCGAGAGUAAAAGGGCCUUUACCCG